GAACUGCUGACGUGUCUCAACCCUUUUCUCUAUUUAACACAAACUACGGUACAUACAAUCACCCCAGAUCUUGGCCGACUGUAUUCUAUAAAAGGGACUGGUUUAUAUAAACUAUUAAUAGCGGCACUGGAUUCUUGAACUCCACGAAAGGGCUAGAAAUUACCUCCACAUUUUCAUUUUUAUUAAUAUUAACUUCAACGUUACUCAGGGAAACCUCGCUUUAAACAAAAGUUCAGCCCAUCUGCUUGUCACUAUUGGGAGUCAAGCAUCUGGCCCUGAUAAGACUGACUAAAAGCGACAGGAAGCACCUAGUCUCACAGAGGGUCGGAAAAGUUGUGAAGCCAGGCUCAGAACAGCAUAGUUGGGGACUUAGCUGUCUUGUUUGACCUUUUAGUUAGAAGAUGACUGCAGAGCAAAUUCCUGCUGAAACAUAAAUGAUGCUGAGUGACAUCUCUCGGUAGGCAGUCCAGUGGUUGGAAUCCAAGGCACACUGAAGCAUGGACUUAAAAAACAGGCUAGCACCUCAAACAAUGAAGGUAAUGACUAUAGUUUUGUUGUGCCUACUUUUCAAUUUGUGCCUCACUCUUGGUAAGAAACAAACAUGGACACGAGCUAAAGGUCAGAAGAGGAGAUCACGUCCUGAAGGGCGGGAUCGAGUCAGCUCUCUGAAUGCUAUUGCAGCCAGAGAAGCCAAACCCAGCAGCGAUCGUCGUCAUUCUCCUCUAAUAGCUCCCAAUAUCAACGCUGACCAAAGUAUUGUAACGAUGCUCGAUUCGUACAUUGGUGCUGAAAACGUUGAGUCCACCUACAAUGUGCUGCCAGGUAAAGAAGGACACUGCAAAGCAAAUGGCAUGAUCAUGUAUGAUAAAGCAGUCUGGUCUCCAAAGCCUUGUGUGAUCUGCAUGUGCUCAAAUGGAAACGUGGCCUGUGAUGAAAUGUCAUGUGCAACACUGAACUGUUCCAGGACUGCAGUAGCAGCAGGAGAGUGCUGCCCACAUUGUACUUACAUGGAGCCAAAUGAUCCAAGUGAAUCAAUUCUUCCGAGUUCUUUCAGCAAUCACAAUCUGCUCGCAGAACCAGAGGAACAAGUGAGUGGAGAAAAACUGGAAGAGGAGGAAGAACUACACAAAACAUUUGGAGAAUAUAAAAGAAAGAGAAAAGAGAAAAAAACUAAAGAUGAAAAUAGAAAAGAAGUUGAAGAGGUCCUCCAUAGGGAAGAAGAAAUGCUAAGACAAGUGAAAGAAGAACUUCAAAAGAUAUUAAAGGAGGAACAACAACAACAACAUCUAGAGAGGGGAGCUGGUCUGGAGAGGGGAGCUGGUCUGGAGAGGGGAGCUGGUCUGGAGAGGGGAGCUGGUCUGGAGAGGGGAGCUGGUCUGGAGAGGGGAGCUGGUCUGGAGAGGGGAGCUGGUCUGGAGAGGGGAGCUGGUCUGGAGAGGGGAGCUGGUCUGGAGAGGGGAGCUGGUCUGGAGAGGGGAGCUGGUCUGGAGAGGGGAGCUGGUCUGGAGAGGGGAGCUGGUCUGGAGAGGGGAGCUGGUCUGGAGAGGGGAGCUGGUCUGGAGAGGGGAGCUGGUCUGGAGAGGGGAGCUGGUCUGGAGAGGGGAGCUGGUCUGGAGAGGGAAAUAAAGAGUGAGGAAUAUCUUGAAGAAAUAAGGAAUCGUGCAAGAAUUGAAGAGGAUGAAUAUGAAGUGGAUGAAGAAGAGGAAGAUGAAUAUGAAGAAGAGGAAGAUGAGGAAGAGGAGGGCUUUUCUGGAUAUCCAUUAUUUCCUUCUAUAUUAGACAGUGAUUUGUAUGACACUGAUGACGAGAUUGUACCAUUUUCUCUGCCAGUUGGCUGUGAUAUUUCUGAUGUGAUUAUGAACUGCCAUAAUGCUAGGCUGACCCAAAUCCCCCCUCUUCAUAUUCCAGAACUCAAAAGCCUCAACCUUGAAGGAAAUGCAAUCACAACUAUAACAGCAGACGCAUUCAGUGGGAUUCCCAAUCUUGAAUGGAUUGACCUCAGCAGGAAUAAGAUUUUAUCAUCAAACAUACACCCAACUGCAUUCAGAAAAUUGAAAAAAUUAAAGCGCCUGCACAUGGAUGGGAAUUUGCUGCAACAUAUCUCAACUGAACUCCCGCUAACAUUAUUGGAACUAAAAUUGAAUGAGAACCGUCUUGAAUGGUUGGAUGAAGAAAGCUUUCAUGAUCUGAAUAAUUUAGUGACCCUAGAACUAGAAGGAAAUAACAUCAGUGAGAUUAAUGUUGCACCGACAGCCUUCACACCUUGUAAGAAGCUGAUUUACUUACGACUGGGGAGAAAUAGAUUCAGGACUGUACCUCAAGGCCUUCCUCCCUCUCUUCAGGAACUCUAUCUUGAAAAUAAUGAAAUUGAAGAAAUAUCUGAAGCUGUUUUUAAUAAGACCACCAAUUUGAAUAUGAUUGUACUUAGGAAUAAUAAACUGGAUGAAUCCAGGAUAGCACCAUUAGCUUGGAUGAAUCUAGAGAACCUGGAAGCUCUCGACCUGUCCCAUAACAGGAUAGUUCAUGUCCCUUCAUUCCUGCCCCGAGGUCUCAUCCACCUUGUCCUCAUUUACAACCAGAUUGAGCGAAUCCCAGGUUUUGUCUUCGCUCACUUGGAACCAGGAUUAGAAUAUCUGUAUCUCUCCGCCAACAAACUAACCAGCGAUGGCAUUGACCCCACCUCAUUCUUUGGCACUUAUAAUACCCUGAGAGAACUAUUUCUAGAUCACAACAAACUCGUAACCAUUCCUUUUGGACUUGCUGACAUGAAAGCACUUCACUUUCUGCGACUGAAUGACAACUUAAUCAGGACUGUCCCAUUAGAAUCCAUCUGCAAUGAGAAUGAUCAAGAAGACUCAAACAUUGUAGUUCUCCGCCUUGAAAACAAUUACAUUAACAGGAGGAAAAUUCCACCCACGGCUUUUUCCUGCAUUCAAUCAUAUUCCAGUGUGGUCUUGAGACCACAAAAGGUGAAACAUUGACUUAAUCACAAG